AUCAAUUUCCACUCAUUGAACGUGGCAUUAGCUCUCCAGGUAGCUGUCUUCUUUACAAGCCAGGCCGGGCCCACAUUGAAGCAACUAUGUCUAAGGGACCUGCAGUUGGCAUUGAUCUUGGCACCACCUACUCCUGUGUGGGUGUCUUCCAGCACAGGAAAGUGGAAAUAAUUGCCAACAAUCAGGGAAACCAAACCACCCCAAGUUAUGUCACCUUUACUGACACGGAACGAUUGAUUGGUGAUGCUAAAAUGAACCCCACCAACACAGUUUUUGAUGCCAAAUGCCUGACUGGACGUAGAUUUGAUGAUGCUGCUGUCCAAUCUGAUAUGAAGCAUUGGCCCUUCAUGGCGGUGAAUGAUGCUGGCAGGCCCAAGGUCCAAGUAGAAUACAAGGGAGAGACCAAAAGUUUCUAUCCAGAGGAGGUGUCUUCUAUGGUUUUGACAAAGAUGAAGGAAAUCGCAGAGGCUUACCUUGGGAGGACUGUUACCAAUGCUGUAGUCACAGUACCUGCCUAUUUUAACGAUUCUCAGUGUCAGGCUACCAAAGAUCCUGGAACUACUGCUGGUCUUAAUGUACUUUGAAUCAUCACUGAGCCCACUGCUGACUUUGCUUAUGGCUUAGACAAAAAGGUUGGAGCCGAAAGGAAUGUGCUGAUCUUUGACUUGGGAGGUGGCACUUCUGAUGUGUCAAUCCUCACUACCGAAGAUGGGAUCUUUGAGGUCAAAUCUACUGCUAAAGACACCUACUUAGGUGGAGAAAACUUUGACACCCGAAUGGUAAACCAUUUUAUUGCAGCAUUCAAGCGCAAACCUAAGAAGGACCUCAGCGAGAACCACAGGGCGGUCUGUCACCUCCAUACUGCUUGGGAGCGCAACAAGCGCACGCCUUCUUCCAGCACCCAGGCCAGUAUUGACAUUGAUUCUCUAUAUGAAGGAAUCGACUUCUAUACCUCUAUUACUCAUGCCCGGUUUGAAGAAUUAAAUGCUGAACUGUUCCGUGGCACCCUGGACCCUGUAGAGAAAGCCCUUCGGGAUGCCAAGCUAGACAAGUCUCAGGUCCACACUAUUGUCUUGGUGGGUGGUUCUACACAUAUCCCCAAGGUUCAGAAACUUCUACAAGACAUUUCCAGCGGGAAGGAACUGAAUAAGAGCAUCAACCCUGAUGAGGCUGUCACUUAUGGUGCAGCUGUCCAGGCAGCCAUCCUUUCUGGAGACAAAUAUGAAAAUGUUCAAGGUUUGCUGCUGUUGGAUGUCACUCGUCUUUCUCUUGGCAUUGAAACCGCUGGUGGAGUCACGCCUGCUCUCAUCAAGCGCAAUACUACCAUUCCUACCAAACAGACCCAAACCUUCACUACCUACUCUGACAACCAGCCUGGUGUGCUCACUUGGGUUUAUGAAGGUGAGCAUGCCAUGACCAAGAAUAACAACCUACUUGGCAAGUUUGAACUCACAGGCAUAUGUCCUGCCCCCCAUGGCGUUCCUCAGAUUGAGGUCACCUUUGAAAUUGAUACUAAUGGCAUUCUCAAUGUCUGCGCUGUGGAUAAGAGUACAGAAAAAGAGAUCAAGAUCACCAUCACCAACGACAAAGGUCGCCUGAGCAAGGAAGACAUUGAGCGCACGGUCCAGGAAGCUGAGAAGUACAAAGCUGAGGAUGAGAAGUGGCAAGACAAGGUGUCCUCCAAGAAUUCCCUUGAAUCUUACGCAUUCAACAUGAAAGCAACUGCUGAAGAUGAAAAGCUUCAGGGUAAAAUCAACAACGAGGACAAACAGAAGAUUCUGGACAAAUGUAAUGAAAUCAUCAACUGGCUGGAUAAGAACCAGACCGCAGAAAAAGAAGAAUUUGAACAUCAGCAGAAAGAGCUGGAGAAGGUCUGCCAUCCCAUCAUUACAAAGCUGUACCAGAGUGCAGGAGGCACGCCUGAAGGCUUCCCUGGCGGUGGAGCUCCUCCCUCUGGUGGUGCCUCCUCUGGGCCCACCACUGAAGAGGUUGAUUAAGCCAACCCGAGAAUAGGUCUAGCACUGUUCCACACAAAACAUCUGAAGGACCCGAAUCGGUAGCAAAUUCCAUGGCAGUUUUAAAGUUGAGCUGCUGCAGUUAAUCAACUGAGGAUUCUCGAUACUUGAAUAUAGAAUAUGUGCACAAGGAAAGGAAAUACAACACUGCACUUUAUAAGCACUGUAUUGUUAAGUGGAAAACGCAAUGUCUUAAAUAAAACUGUGUUUAAAAUUGGCACCAAAAAAAAAAAAAAAGAUUUCCUUAAUACAGAAAGAAUUCUUUAAAAGAAGAAAAAUAUAGCCACUAGGUAGGCAACAAAAAAUGGGCAGAGAAUAUGAAUAGGGUUUUUAAGGAAAAAAUAAAAAGUCAACAAAUGUAUGAAAAAAGCUCCCUACCUCACUUAUAAUUUAUGAGAACAAAUUCACACUUAUCCCAUUUUUCACCCAUCAAACUAGC